AUGUCUUCACUCCUACUGUCUCUUCCAGAACUUUUCAAGUCCUAUCAGGCUUGGGUUAGAAAAAAUCCACAGUCUUUGGGUGACUGGGAAAAUUCAGCAAAAUGGAUUUCCUACUUCAUAGCAGGCAGAAUCAACAAUUCUCAUGUUGUAUCUGAGCUUGUCUACUGUCUAUCAAAUCUACUAGUUUUCUUCAAUGACCAAAUAAUUAAAAAUACUCAUCAUAUUCAUUCAAGAGGUACAGUGGAAAAAAUAAAGCUGUGGUUGACCGUCAUAGAAUAUUCUGAGGUAUUCUGUGAACUUUCUGCUAGUAAACUCUGGGGAGCAACUGGAAAGUGGAUGAUCAUCAUAUGCAUACAAGUUUUUAAAUGCAUAUCCAGAUUGUUUCUUGUGUUUCACUACAAAGAACCUAUAAUUCAGAGCCCCCCUAUACCAGUUUUGGAUAGGAAGAAUGUAAAUAACACAGAAUCAAACAACCCAGUGAAUGGUAAUGCACCUGAACAAUUUGAGUCAGUUUCAUUCACUCUAAAACAGUCAGGAAGAGUUGUUCGUAAAGUUGAUUCAUCCCCUCCAAUAGCCAUGAGAAAUUGGAAGCCAUUGGAAAAAAGUCCAAGUUUUAGUUGUGAAAACAACCAAAGCAUUGAUCAAGCAAUAGCUAAGAGACAGCUUAUUGCUGAGACUGUAUAUAUUGCUAAACCUAUAGUGCAUUUGGCUUCCUCAGCUUUUUUUGGAACUAACACAUGGAAACCCUGGUUGAUUGCUUUAGCUAUGGAUAUGACUAGUAUGGAACUCUACCGCUCCUGUAAGGUUAAAAAUAUCACCUCUCUAUCAACACAGCAACGCAUGCAGAUAUCCAGGAGAACAUUGGUUCUCAUCUUGUACCUGUUGAGGUCCCCCGUAUAUGAGAGAUACAGUAAAGACAGGGUGAACACAUUAUUACUUGCUCUCAGCAAGAUCCCACUGGCCAGCAUGAUUUGCACCCCAUUGGCGCAAUAUCUGCCUUUCUGGCAGAGCACAUAUUUUUAUAUGUGGUCAUCAUAG